GGUAAGGAUCCAAAGAAGAUCUCUGAAGGAUCCCUGUUCCAGAACUCGUGUUUAUCGUGAUCCAGCAGAGCAGGUGGCGCUGUGCAGCUAUUUAGUUGGUUCGGAGCCUGGUAGUAAAACUCACAGAAGAAGAAGAAAAUGAAAACGAAGAAGAAUGAAAUGUUUGCGGAAAUAGUGCCGUUGUUUGCGUAUUUACAUUUAAAGCCAAAUACUGUAUCUGUUCAUUCCUAAAGCUUGUAAUUAUUAAGUGCAAAUUGGGAGAAUGAGUACUUUUUGAGCAGGGAUCAGCUUUCUUUUUCAACCAGUCCAAAGUUCUAUGAAUGUUUGCGAUCGGAGUUUGUAGAUAAUAAAAGAGGAAAGUCAUGGCUAUAGCGCACGCCGCCACAGAGUAUGUGUUCACGGAUUUCGUGCUGAAGGAGCCCGCAUCAGAAAACAGGUACAAAGGCAUCCGGUUAGAGACGGCGCUGGAUAAGAUGGUCACCUGUGUGGCGGUGGGUCUGCCGCUGCUGCUCAUCUCUCUCGCCUUCGCUCAGGAAGUGUCUGUCGGUACGCAGAUUAGUUGUUUCUCCCCUACAAAGUUCUCAUGGCGUCAGGCUGCUUAUGUGGAUUCGUACUGCUGGGCGGCAGUGCAAACACAGGACACAGGAGGCCUGCCACUAUGGCUGCAUAAGUUCUUCCCAUAUGUCUUGUUGCUGGUGGCAAUAUCAGUUUACAUGCCAACGUUGUAUUGGCGGUUCACGGGAGCUCCUGUACUUUCUUCUGAUCUGUCCUUUUUAAUGGAAGAACUGGACCGUUCCUAUAACAGAGCCAUCAAACUGUCUAAAUGCAUGAAAGUGGAUUCAGAGUCAGCCCACAUGGGCUCACACAGCUCUGUGAGAGAUAUCACCGAAAACUUUAAAUAUCCUUGGCUGGAAAAGUACCUGAUGACCAAACGCUUUUCUCGAGGAUUACUGAUCCGAUACCUCAUCUGCCGCAUCAUCACUUCCUUGGCCCUCAUGUUAGCCUGCAUCUACCUUUGCUAUUACAUCCGCCUCUCUGUCACAGAUGAAUUUCAAUGUGAUAUCCGAACCGGCGCUAUUAUCAACGACUCCUCAGUACCUCCGGCCAUGCAGUGCAAGCUAGUUGCAGUGGGCAUCUUUCAGCUCCUGAGCUACAUCAAUCUUUCUGCGUAUUUGCUGCUGCUGCCAUUGUGCUUUUACGCCAUGUUGGUUCCGUUCAGAAGGACUAUGGAGUUCUUGAAACCUUACGAGAUGUUACCCACUAUAGGGGUAAUGCAGUUUGGGCGUGUGGCCUGGGAUGAUCAAGCACUAUAUCUGCUGUUUCUGGAGGAGAACCUCAGUGAGCUGAAGAGUUAUAAGUGCCUAAAGGUGUUGGAGUUGUUAGGAAAAGAGGAAGGUGAGCAUUUUGACAUCAUACAGUUGUUGCAGACACUUGGACAGGUUAAAACAGAUAUGGUGGAUGGCAGAUUGCUGAGGAAGGACCGAAAAAUCUCCAGCACCAACAAUGGUGACACUGAAAUGAAAGAGAUUUCUCCUCUGCUGCAGGAUGGUGGCUUGAAAAAUCAUGAAGAUAAGUUUGUGCGCCAGAGGGUGGUCUGAGUUGCCAUUUGCAGGAUACGGUGACAGCCUACAUCACACUGAGGCUCCGAACAUCUCAAACACAUAGAGGAAUACAUUUUUGGGAAAAUGGUGGAAAACAGCUGAAGUCUCGUCCUUUCAUAAAUGCAUAACUAAGAACUGCAGUCAAAUUUUGUUUUGGUGCUUCUUGUAGUGGGAUUGGGGUAUUAUGACUUUAAUUUUCCACAUUCAGUUUUAUAGUACCAUUCAUAGUAACAUUUUCACUGCAGAAAAUGUCUGGCUCGAACAGUUAUCCUGUAUCACUAUACAACGGUCCUAUACUUGACUUGGUAAAACUGACAUAUUUAGUUACAUGUUCACAUUGUGACUGACCCAAACAAAAGCUGCCUGUGAGCAUUUCCUGAUUCGCUCAGUCUGAAAUAUUGGGAAAAUUGUAAUAAACUGAAAGAAAAUGUUAAUCUGUGUAUUUUUUAUUUUUAUUUUUUAUUUUUUGAAAUAUAGAUUGUGGGAAGAGAUGAAAGAAAGAAAUGGGAUAAUGCAUAAUCUGCUCUUUCUGCCAAGAUUGAUAUUGUCAAUUUGUUUCCCUUUCUGCGUUCGUGGUUUGUUUUUUUUUGUUUUGUUUUUUUAAUACUUAUGUGAAUUAUGUUUUGUGUCUGUUUCUUUUCUUUGAAAAUAAAGGUCGAUUUUUACA